ACUUACUAAACACAGGAAGAGCUUUGUGCAAAUGCAUAGCGGGAAGAGAGCCUGGGAUCCCUCCCUUCUGGACCCCCAGGGUCCCCAAGCCCCCAAAUGAAAGCGUAGGGGGUUGAGGAGAGACGUCGCAUGAGUACCGGGUGGAGGCCAGAGGCGAUUAAAGGCGUCAAACUGGGGACUCUCCACACCUGAGCUGGCGCCAACUAACCAGAUCGAGCCCCGUGGAAGUGAGGAAGUGGUGCGAGGCCUUCAGCCCCGGACUCUCCCACCCCCUGCCGGGCGGCCUCUCCUCUCCCUGAAGGUGGACCUGAAACUCCAGCACCUCGACCUCUGGGCCAGCCUCCAUGGCCAGGUUCCGGGCUUGCUGGACUGGGACAUGGGCAACGAGUCGUUCCUGGCCUUCACCACGGCGCACCUGCCCCUGGCCGAGCAGAACCUUGCCAGGUAUAGACUUCGAAUAGUUGAACCACCAAAAGUACCUGUGGGAAAAACGCCCAACUCUGAUCAAGAUGGCCCAGCUCUUGAGCCCAACCUGUGGAUGUGGGUAAACCCCAACAUCGUGUAUCCCCCCGGAAAGCUGGAGGUCCCAGAACCUCAUAAGGGAGAGGAUCUCCCAGGUGCACUCCCCUCCCCUCAGCCAGCCCCCAAAGAGGAAGACUUUGCCAGCUGCUCAGAGGCCACGGCAGUGGAGUCACUGCCACCAUCCUCGCCCUCCAGCGAGCAGUCUCCCCCUCAGAAGCGGUUUGCCUCUUCCCCCCGCAACUGGGAGCUCACAGAAGAGGAGGAGGCUGAGGACCAGGAUGACAGCUCCUCUGUGGCUCUCCCGUCCCCUCACAAAAGGGCCCCCCUCCAAAGUCGGAGGUUUCGGCAAGCCAGCAGCCAAGAGGGGAGGCUCUGGUCCCGGCCCCCUCUCAAUUACUUCCACCUCAUUGCACUGGCAUUAAGAAACAGUGCCCCCUGUGGCCUCAACGUGCAACAGAUCUACAGUUUCACUCGACAGCAUUUCCCCUUUUUCCGGACGGCCCCGGAAGGCUGGAAGAAUACCGUCCGUCACAAUCUCUGUUUCCGAGACAGCUUUGAGAAAGUGCCGGUCAGCGUGCAGGGUGGCGCCGGCACACGGCCCCGCUCCUGCCUCUGGAAGUUAACUGAGGAGGGACGCCGCCGCUUUGCAGAGGAGGCCCGCGCCUUGGCCUCCAGUCGGCUGGAGAGCAUCCAACGGUGCAUGAGCCAGCCAGAUGUGAUGCCCUUCCUCUUUGACCUUUAAAUCCAAGAAGCAGGAGUCAGCCCAUCCCUUAUUAAAGUUACCUGCAGCAGCCUGGUGGAGAUCUGCACAGAAACAGGGCUCCACCCUCAGAACCCAGGGCUUCAGCUAUCCUCCGUGCAGGAGGCAGUCUUUGACCUUGAAGAACUGACCCUUCUACCCCAGGCCAUUGGCCAUGAGAUCAGCCAAGAACCUGACCUGGGGUUAUACCUAAGCAGAACGUAUUUGUGGCACCAUUUUAAGAUACACUGAACUUUCCAGGAAUGCAACUGUUAUGUAAAAUGAAGGAUGAUUGUGCUUUUUUUGGUUUGGAAGUUGACCAAGAGUUGUUUGCCAUUUCAGAAAAUCACUUCACUGACAGCAAAGCUGCUCUGGUAUUUAAGUCACCAAUACCACAUGCCUGUAUCAGAUUGUGUUUGUGUCUGCUGCACUCACGGGGAUUCUGCAUGUAUAAACAAAUCUUUAUUACAUCCAGGCAGCCGAUAUAAAGACAAAGUAUUGUCAAUAGUCGUAUGACUGUCAGCUCUUAAAUCUGAGCUCUUCACUGUAAGUAUGUACAAAUUUCCGAC